GUCACGCUAACGCAGCAGCUCGUCACGCAGUACUGCAAGCUGGUGCGGGACAUUUACCUGCCGCCCGAGCAGGUGCCCUACCACAACUACUUCCACGCCCUGCAGGUCGCGCAGGUGACGUUUCUGCUUCUCCGGGAAGCGAAGCUGCUGCGCGAGGAGCUGCAGAAACUGGACAUCGUCGCGGUGAUUCUAGCCGCGCUCGGCCACGACGCGGGGCACCGUGGCUUCACCAACCAGUUCGAGGUGGCCACGCGGUCCGACCUGGCCUGCAGGUACAACGACCAAUCGGUGCUGGAGAUGCACCACGCGGCAGUGAGCUGGAAUGCGCUGAUGUCCACGGGCAUUUGCAGCUCCGCCGCCCGGGGACCGGUGUUCGACACCUUCCGGGCCCGGUUCGUGAAGUCGAUUCUGCAAACCGAUAUGCAAUUCCACGGGGAGCACAUCCGCGAAGCGCACGCGCUCUGCAAAUACUUUCGCGAGCGCGGCUUCGCCUCUGACGAGAGCGACAGUGAGGACGAAGACGGCAUGGAAUCCAUGGUAAACACCAGCAACGACGAAGCACCGGCAGCUGCUCCCCGUGCUGCUCCGGUGGACGCCGGCGAGGGAAGUAAAAUCAAAAAAUCGCCAUCAAAAACGAGUCAGGUAACAAGACCUAGCAAGGUCAAUCGGGCCUCGAUGCAGAGCCGCCAGGUGAUCUCGAAAUUGCAGGACUUCGAGCCGGUGCCGAACGAGAAGCGGCAGCUGGUCUGCGAAAUUUUCCUGCACAUGGGCGAUAUCGGCAUCAUGGGAUCGAAAUUGGCCCAGAGUCUCCGUUGGACGGACCUGGUCCUCGACGAGUUUCAGAUGCAGGCGGAGGCCGAGCAGCGGCUGGGGAUACCCGUCACCAUGUUUCCGGAGGGACUCGAAACGCCGGUGAAACGCGCGAAAACCCAGGUCGGUUUUCUCAAUUUUGUCAUUCUCCCACUGUACAAC